GAGGUGCAAACACAGAAAUGUGUUUUGGGUUCCACCUCAGUUGAGAAACCGAUCCAUGAGAGGUGAACAGACGAACCAAACGCUGAUGAAUGACGGGUCAAUUUACGGCACAAAGGGUUAUGUGGGCAGCAGGCCGAUCAAAGUACUCCAGACAUCCCUCUCACCAGUGACGCUUUCCAGCUCCUCCUGGGGAAUCCUUGGGCAUUCCCAGGCCACAUGAGACAUGUAAUCCCUCCAGCAUGUUCUGGGUCUGCCCAGGACCUCCUACCAGUUGGACGUGCCCAGAACACUUCUAAUGGAAGGUGCCCAGGAGGAUCCUGAUCGGAUGCCCGAACCAACUCAACUGACCGUUUUCGACGUGAAGGAGCAGCGGCUCUACUCCUCACCCUAUCUCCAAGGCUGAGCCAAGCCACUCUAUGGAGGAAACUCAAUUUGGCCGAUUGUACCUACAAUCUCAUUCUUUCAGUCACGACCCAGAGCUCAUGACCACAGGAAACGCAGACCUCUUGUCGAGUCCUGCUGUUUGUUUUCAUCAGAUUGUAAUGCUUUUAGCAGCUUCUGACUGUGUGACAGAGGGACGCUGCUGGACACGUCAGCCCUGCAAGAUAAAGGCAGCUGAAGAUCGACUGUACGCUGAGGUGGAAACAUGCUGACUGGUUACGCUGGCUGAUGGACAUAUUUAACUAAGCUAACCUGCACUGCUGUGAUGAUGGUGAAACUGUGAGAUAACUGUGCAUCAUUGAAGCGUGUGGAACAUCUGGACGGACAGAAGCUGAACCUGCAUCAUGAGAACAACUAGAGGAUCUUAACCACCAGCUUGAUUUCAGUGACGAUGGACCUGAGGAACGCCCCCUCUUAAUGUCAGCAGAGACCAUCAUGGAUGAGUUAGACAUCGGAGAAGAUGGCAGGAAAGACACGUCGGCGGCCCAGCCAGGAUUCCCCCAGGCGGACUCAGCUCUGUUCUACCCCCCUCCUCGGUCCCCGGACCCGGUCAGCCCGCUCACUCACCUGGGGACUCUGCUGGCGGGACACGACGCACCGAGGACGGCCGGAUGGGACAGUAGACUGGACCUGGGGCUUCAAGGCUGUCAGUUACUGGGAACAACGAGGGAACCAGGAAGAGAAGCUCAUGCAGACCAGAGUGUCACCAUCCUGCACGCCAAGGUCGCUCAGAAGUCCUACGGCAAUGAGAAAAGGUUCUUCUGCCCUCCUCCCUGUGUUUACAUCAGCGGUCACGGAUGGAGAGUCAUGCAGGACCAUCUGAAAGCUGCUGGCUAUGGAGACUCUGUGUAUCGAGUGUGUGGUUACAUGUGUCUGGACAGUUCCAGUCAGUCUCAGGCCGACACAUUCAAACUGGUCUUCGAUGAGCAGCCAAACUCCAGGAUGUUUGCCUGUGCCAAGUCGCUGUUCAUCUCUGAUCAGGACAAGAGGAAACAUUUCUGUCUGCUGCUGCGACUCUUUUUGGGCAACAGACAGGAAGUGGGUUCGUUCCAGAGCAGGAUGAUCAAAGUCAUCUCCAAACCGUCUCAGAAGAGACAGUCCAUGAAGAACGCCGACCUGUGUAUCUCGUCGUGCUCCAGAGUAGCUUUGUUCAACCGUUUACGCUCACAGACGGUCAGCACGCGUUACCUCUCAGUGGACAGAGGAGCCUUCAUCGCCAGCGCCAGACAGUGGACAGCCUUCACCAUCACCCUGGUGGAGGACCAGCGUGCUGACCAAGGGGACUUUGUGCUGAGCGAAGGCUUCAUCUGUUACGGCUAUGUGGUCCAGUUAGUGUGCACCGAGUCUGGAGUAGCUCUGCCACCCAUGGUUAUUCGUAAAGUCAACAAGCAGCACGCCAUCUUAGACGUGGAUGAGCCGGUCUCUCAGCUCCACAAGUGUGCCUUCCAGUUCAGAGACAAUCCACACACAUACUUAUGUUUAUCCAAUGACACCAUCAUACAGUACCAGGCACCGUCCAAUGUCAGAGACCCAAGCAGGGUGGUGCUGAACGACGGCUCCUGUUGGACCAUCAUCGGAGUGGAAGCAGUGGAAUUCACCUUUAAUCAGGGUCUUGCCUGCAUCCAGACACCGGUCACUCCUUUCCCUGUUAUCACUGGGUUAGAGGUGAAUGGUGGAGGACAUGUUGCCAUGUUGGAGAUCAACGGAGAAAACUUCAGCCCUCAUCUCAAAGUCUGGUUUGGAAACAGUGAGGCUGAGACGAUGUUUAAGUCUCCCAAAUCUCUCCUCUGUGUCGUUCCUGAUGUCUCCGUGUUUAGUGAUGGCUGGCGCUGUCUGCGCCGCAUCAUCACCGUCCCUCUGUCUCUCAUCCGAUUGGAUGGCCUGAUCUAUCGCACGUCCUUCAGUUUCACCUACACCCCUGAGCUCCAGCCACCGCCAUCCGUCCGAGGAGCAGCGGGAGGAGGGAAGAGAGAGGGAGGCAUGGAUGGAGACCAGCAGGACGACAUCCUGUUAGAGACCAUCCAUCAGGAGUUCACCAGAGCCAACUUCCACCUCUUCAUGCAGAGUUAGACUCCCUGUCUGUCACCUGGAGACAGAGGUGGAGCCCUCAGGUGAAUGUUUGGAGCAAAGUCUGGUUAUCUGAAAGAAACUGAUUUUUAUUGUUGUGGAUCACUGCUGCUCCUGAGUCAAAGAACUGUGUGUAAAUUCUGGACCACAAUCUUCCCUCUUUGUCUUCUUAAUAGUUCAUGUUCAUUGGAUUAAAAUAUUCUGUGGAUAUGAUGGAAAAUCAGAUUAAAAAACUAACUGUGAAUUGUGCAGGCUGGAAAAAACAGUUAUUUGUCCACGAUAGUAAACAAGGUGUCAAAAUUCAGUCCAGAUCACACCAGUUCCUC